AUGGGCACAAAGAUGAAGGGCCUUAUAAAAGGCCUAAGAUACAUUUCUCAAAUAUUUGAAAAUGAAAAAGAACCAGAAAUGCAGAUUGGGUAUCCAACUGAUGUAAAGCAUGUUGCUCAUAUAGGAUGGGAUGGGCCAUCUGUAGAUUCACCAAGCUGGAUGAAGGAGUUUCCGGGAUCGUCUCAAUCAGCACCGUUAAAUAUCAAUUCAGAAUCGAAGGAGAAUCCUGAAGUCAAAUGGGUUUCUGGAGAUUCAAGCCGGAGAAGUAUGAGACCUCAAAAUUCACCGGUCAUAGACUCGCCAGAUUUACCAAUAUCAUCGCGGCGCCACUCAACAGAUGGCUAUUUAGCAGCAGACUCCCCAUCCCGCGAGCCAUCCACCAAACAAAAGUCGUCCAGCAGGCUGCGACGCCACUCUAAAAGCAACUCAAAGGAGUCGAAUGAGAGUAGUAAACCAAGUGGGGUAGGGGUCCAGGACCCUGGCUCCGAACCAGGGUCACCCCGGACCCUGCUGCCAGACAUCCCUAAGAAGUCAACGCGGCGAAAGAAGGCUAAGGAAUCCAGCAGUGGCUCAAUAAGAACAUCUAGAUCAAAAGCAGCUGCAGCUUCUAGUAGUACAUAUACAUCUCCAUUUUCGGAUCCUGGAGCAGGAGGGACAGGAGGAGAGCUAUGUCAACCUCAGAAUUUGAAACCUCUUGUACAGGAGGAUGAGAAAGGACGCUAUGGGAUAUCCUAAAAAGAACCCAAAAAAAAUGCUUUAGUUUUAUUUCAUGCAAUCUUGUAUAAUACAUCCAUUAUAUAUAUACACACACAUGGA